CAGCAACGACACUUCAAAGGACAGAGCACCGAGCCGUGAACACCGGAGGAGGAGUCGGGAGCAGAUUGUCCAGACCCCGAAGACAGUCGGUAGCGAAUUCCCCGCUGGCGAGCAAUUGAGCAAUUCUGAAAAAUGGAUGCGCUACGCUUCCGGGGCUCCCCCUUUGCCCGCUUCACGGGCCAGUCGACCGGACCGGGUCAUCCCCGCCCACCGCCACACCCCCAGCAUCCACAGCAUCCGCAGCAUCCACAGCGGCCACAGCCGAUGGGAUCGCAUGGGAUCGGCGCCCCCGAGCCGCUCAUUGUGGUGGAGGAGUCCAAUCUGCCGGAGGAGCAGGAUGACAGCUCCGAGCCGACGGUGUCGAAUCGCGGCAGCCUGGACAUCGACUCGCCCGUCAAUCCGUACCUCCUGUCGCCGUGGCGUGAUCCUCGCGAGGCCCGCAAGCACUCGCUGCCGUCGCAGCAGGUGACCGAUGGGAUCACCGCCAGCCAGGUGCGCCGCCUCUCGGAGCGGGGCGGCGAGGGGUCCGGACCCACGCCCAAGGAGGCCGCCUUCCUGGCCACCCUCUCGCAGGCCCCGGCGCCCACCGGACGCCGCCACUCGGUGGUGACCAUCUCCAAGGUGCCCACCACCAUAUUCGGACGCUCCCGUCGCGAGUCCGUCGCCGCCUAUCCCAACAGCAAUGGGAGCAGUCGGGUGUUGAAUUCGCGGCGCGAGAGCAACACAGGACCCCCGUCGACAGAUCCCAUCGGGAGCAUCCACAAUCUGCAGCUGGACAUCAUGGACGACAUCUACUUGCAGUCGCGCAAGGCGCGCUUGAAGCUCUGGACCUCCUCCAACGAGAAGGUGUGCGAGGUGCAGACGGUGGACGAGGCGGGCACCGGUCAGCCGGGCAGACGCUUCACCAAUCGCCGCUACUCGGAGUGUCCACAGCCGGGCCUGGCCAGCUCCUUUCGCCGCUCCUCCGAGUUGCCUCACCAGCAGCAGCAGCAACAGCAGCAACAGCAGCAACAGCAACAGCAGAGCUCGAUUCGUGCCUCCACGCGUCGCAAGAAAUCAGGUAGUGGCAUGGGUUUACUGGGCAGUCGCACGGACAUUGCCGGCAUAUUCAGUUCGCUGACCAGCUCCGCCAUGGACAUGCAUCGUCCGGAGCCGGAGGGUCGCGAUGGUGGCAGCUCCAGUGCCAGUUCCAGUGCCACGGCCACGGCUAGCAGUCCCUUUCUUAGCCAGACUUUUCAGGCGGCCGCUCGUGGCAGGGCCACCAGUGCCACCCCCACACCAACAGCUCAAAGUGGCUUGCAGGUAGCUGGAGGAGGAGCCGCCGGAGGAGGAGGAGGAGGAGGAGGAGGAGGAAGCUCUGCCGGCCUGCUCGAUCCCAAUGCCGGACGGUCAACGCGUUCGAACAGCUUCGAUGUGUCCCUGCUGAACAAUGCCAAGCAGCUGGUGAGCGAUGUGCAGGACAAUAGCUCGGCCACCCUGUCCGGAUGGUUUGCCAAGCGGCACACGCCGUUGGCCAGGAAAAAGAGUGUGCGCAGCAAGAGCUCGGCGGUGGCCCUGUCCAAGGAUGUGCUGGAGCGGCUGCAGAAGAAGGACCCACUGGGUGGGGAUUCGGGCAAGCCGAAGCUGAAGCCGCGCAGCAAACAGAAGACCUGGGCGGAGUCCACCAAGGCCACUGUGGAUGCCACCAUCUUGGGCACCGCCAUCGAGGGUUUCCUGCGCAAGAGCUCCAAUGCCAGCAUGGCAGGCACGGGAUCGUUGGGCGGCGGCGGCGGCGGCGGUGGCGGCGGCAGUGGUGCCUCCACAUCGUCGGCUGCCCGUGGUGCCACGCCCAAGGCAAGCGGCGGCGGCGGCGGCGGCAAGGAGGCGGGCAGCGGCAGCGGCAGUCCCGCCCACGGGGCACGUCGCAAUCGAGGCGCCGCCGCCGGCAGUUCCGCUCAAUCGCAGGCCGGCCGCGCCGUCCGCUCCACGCUCAACUGGUUCGGCAAGGCCGACGAGGACGACUCCAAGGACACGUGCGACGCCUCGCUCUGCGCCACGCUCAAGGACCUGUUCGUCAAAUAGGUCGGGGGCCGCAGAGGCAAGUAAAGCAAUGGGUCGAGUCCCGGCUACAGCAGCACAACGCCAGCUACUUGCACCUCUGAGAUCCAGAAAUCCUUAUCGAAAUUCGAAAACUAAAACGAACGAAGUUGAAGGCUUACACAACCCAGUGAACAAUAAGCACACCAGAAGCAGCAGAAGCAGCAGCAGUAAAUCACCAUUGAAAUCAUCCCAUAACAUGGAAACAAAAGCCAAGUGGCAGAUUAAAAGCACAGCAAAAAGUCUUGCUUUCGUACACGAGGAGAUGCAAAUAAUUUAUGAAAAUCAAUAACAUAAUCACAGCACUUUCAUAACUCGCAAACAAUACAUAUAUACAUACAUAUAUAAUAAUUGACAAGCAAAGGCUUCACAAAACACGUCCGUUAAAUCGAACACUUAAAAGCAUUGCAAUGCAAGAGUAACAAUUGCACUGACGGUAACUGAAUGAGAAAUUAGAACUGCGAAGUAAACCGUAUACCUAGCAUAUUGGAACAAUAACAGAGCAGAAGCUAUCGAUACCUGACAGAUUGAACAGAUUCGAUACAUUUGAUACUACUACUACCCACAGACGCUAACAAUAAGAGAGCCGUAAAUGAAGGAUCAAAUGGAGAAAUAAGUACUUAACAGCAUUACACAGUGACCUACUGUACCUGAGCAACAAAAAAACAAAGUAAUCCACACAAAUGCGAAGUGGCGAGAAUAUGAGAAUACGAAACAAGAGCAGCAUAAAGCAGUAAUCAAAGCACCGGUAUCGAAUCCGAUUAACGGUGAACAAUACAAGAGUACAAGAGAGCAACUUUUAACGGUACAAGUAACUUUACGCAUAACGGUAAUAAUGGUAAGUGCGAGAGCGAAUGCGAAACGAUAAGCGAUAAAAACAGUGAUCGAUAGGCAGAUAGUUAAGCGAUAACGAUAGAGAUUAAGGCAACGCUGCAGGGGUGUCAGGAAUUGGAAUUGUGGAGAAACAGAUAUCAGGUGGAUUCGGUGGAAUCGGUGGGAAAUGUGAAAUAAGUGAAAGUAGGACACAAGACCUCACCCCAUCGACCGGACGGGACAGACCUCAUAUAGCUAAAGAUACAUAUACAGAUACCGAUAAAUAUAUACCACAUAUAGAUAUAUAUUCUCAUAUAUUUGCAUACCAUUUGUAACCGAGAGCCGAGAAGGUGAUGGGAUAAGACGGAGAACGGAAGGCAGAGAAUAUACAAAUAUUUUUCUACGUGCAGAGCAAUUUAAGCGGGUCUCAGCGAAUGGGUAAAUCCCGGCAUAAAGAUGUAAAGGAAGAGUUGUUUACGCAUUGCCGAUAUGGCAACGCAACUACCAGUUUAUGGUGAACAGAGUUUUUUUUUUUUUGUGCCCACUGCAGUUGGUACAUCUUGAAGGAAUACACAGACAUAUGAGGCAACCGUGUGGCAGAUGCACAAAUCGGUCGUUAUAUAUCGAGUAACGAUGAGUAACAAACAAACAAUCGGGUGAAUCAGGGCAAAAGAGGAUGCUCCAACGGUUGCCACAAUCAUAUCACAAUAAAUACACACACACAAUGAAAUCAGCACGGCUACGUGCAUAUAGACGCGUUACAAUAUACGAAUAUAUACACACAUAUAUAUAUAUAUAUAUCUUCGGAGAAUAAGAAAAUAAAUGUCUACUGACUCAAGAGUUUUAAUCAAUGUCAACCACACAAUAAAUGUAAUUUGUAUGUACAAUCUGAGCUUACUCGAGGCAAAAAUCACCAAAUCGCAAUUCGCAAUUUGCAAAUCACAACACAAACAGUAAAUGCCAAACUAAAUCGAGUCGAGCUGAAUCGAAAAUCGAAUAUAAAUUAAUGUUCGCGUUGAAUAUUUAAUGUUAAACGUAAAAUAAUACGAAAGCGAAAGCAGAAAAACGAAAAAGCUGAAAAGUAGCUGGGGAAGUUUCCCGGGAAGAAGUUUGAAAAUCAAUUAACGAAGAAAUUCAAAUUGGAAGUUCGCAAUUGCAGACAUUGGCAAACAGGGGGGGCGAUAGCAUAAGAGAUAGGGAGAGAAAAAUGAGUGUAAAUGAACAAACAAACAAACAAGCAAAGAAAGAAAAAAACAAACAAACAAACAAUCAGUCAAUAUUGCAAUCAAUCAAGUGUGUUUCUAUAGGCGGCAUUUGGCAUUGUCAAUUUGUCAAUUUGAUCAAAGGCAACCAAUGGCGUUGAUGAAGGGCAAUAUUACUGCCUAGGGCAUGGAUUUAUUGGAAUGGACUGCAAUGUAGUUCUGAGACUACUUAAUAUACAAACAAUAACCAUUCGCGUAUGUUUAACGAUUAUCCAUCUAUCAAUAAUUGUAUCUCAAUGUGCCCGAAAAAUGUGUUUUAGACUUCGAUUUCCAUGUGCGUGUGUCUCAAGGAGGUAACCCAAAGUUAACUUUCACUUUCAGUGUGUUAUAUAGUGCUAAUAUUGAUCUAUAUCUAUACAAGCAUAUGCAUAUACAACAAUAUCUACACAUAAUAAUAUAUAUAGAUAUAUAUUAAAACUAUUUACAAGUGCGAUCCUUCUUGGUCGCAGCUAACUAAAGUUGUCCACGUUUUGCUCAUCAUCCUAACUGUUGUUCUAUAUCGUUGCAAUUACCGAUCUAAAUACUAUGUAACAAUAAAUGUGUACAAAACGGGGGAGGGGGAAAUAUAGGGGAUCUGGGAAAUCUAAAUCUAUCUAAAUGCUACAAAUUCCCAGAUAGAAGGCCAAACAAUGCAACUCUCAAGUUCUAUUUGUCCUAUUUUUGAUAGUUGUAUAUAUACCGAAUAUACAAUACAUACAUAUGUGCAUACCAUAUACACACAAAUGCUAUACGGAUGCAAUUUUUUUUCGAUUGAUUUAGCAUUGAAUGUGCAUAGGUUUAUCACUACAAUAUGCAUAUUCGUAUUUAUAUGUGUACCCACAGAGAUAAUAAUGCAUCCAAGGAACACACACGCCCCGAGAAAAUAAUCAGCGACAAGUUUGGAAACACUUUAGUAGAGUGAAUUUGGAUUGACUGUACUCGUAGAAUGCAGAAUGCAGAUGCCUUGUUGCUGAUUAUUGCCAGGGAGUGCCAUUGUCAUUGUUGUUGACGUUGUUGAUGUCGUGCGAUUGUAAUUACCGUUGUUCAAUUGUUGUUAAUGUUUAUCCACGUGCAUGUGCUUCUCUCUGUGUGUGUGUGUGUGUGUGUGUGUGUGUUGUGUGUGCGUGUGUGUGUGUGUGUGUAAGACGCAAGACUUCAUACGAACAUACAAGCAUACGAGCGGUUACCACCGACUACAGUACUUUAGUAGUGUUAACUGGCGCCCAACGUAAUACAUUUACUCCUAUUUAUACACACAUCUCUCUUAUUGUGUGGUAUCCGGUAUAAUAGUAACAUAGUGUGUACCUCGAUUCGAGCGAUCUAUGAUUUGGAUUAAUGUAUUUCUUUUUCGGGCUUUUAAUGGGUCUAUAUCUAUACAGCACCCAAGGGGGAAAAGUGGGGAAAAGUGGGCAAAACUACGCAUAAUCUAGUGAGUAAAGAGGCAGGUUUAGUAGUGGAGAAUGGCACGUAACAGCUGACAUUGCAUAUAUAACUUAGCUAUAUAUCUGUGUAAAUAACGGAAGGAAUCUUCGGAAUACGUUUGUACAUAAUUAUGCGUAUGCUAGCAAGGGGAUAGCGAACGAGAAGUAGUCUUUUUUUAAAGCCAAAAUCCAAAUGCAACCGAAUGUAAAACAAUCAAUUGAUGACACAUAAUGUAAACGAAACGAAAAGAAAAAAAAACCAAGUUAAAAACAAUACAACUAAACUAAAAAUGCGAGUGGACGAACGAAAGGGCAACAAGUACUUAUAUAUAUAUAUAUAUAUAUAUAUAUAUAUAAAUAUGUGUAUGCUCCUUAAAAGGCCAACCUUUCCGGCCAAGCUCCCACCUCCCACUUUCCACCACCCACCAUUCAAGGCGAAAGGAGUUCGAGAGGCGAGAGGAGAGAGGAGCGAGGAGCCAAAAUCGGAGGGGCUGGAGGAUGUGCACCAGGCGAGAGUACUUUACCACACAUACAAUACCCAAUAUACAGCUAAAAAUAUA